GGGAGUGUCGUCGUCGGAGCGGUCUGCUCUUCUCUUCCACAUCAGACUCCUUCUAUCCCUCCGUGCUGGAGGAGCGAGGAGGAACCUCUCCUCUGUUUUUUUUCUCUUCUCUCUCUCUCUGCGGACAAACGGAUAAUACCCGCACCACCACGGCUGGGAAGAUGGUUGUUCUGCUGCAUAUGGUUACCCUUUACUCUCUGAGCGUCUUCAGCGGAGCGUCCGCCGCCGCGCACUAUAAUUGCAACGGUCCUCUGGUGUCCACGUUGCCACAAUCAUCCUUUCAGAGCUCCUCUCAGUCCUCGGUCAGUUAUGCCGCUCACAACGCCAAACUCAACAGGAGAGAUGGAGCAGGAGGCUGGUCUCCCGUUGUGACCGAACAAGAGCCCUGGCUCCAGGUGGACCUCAGGGAGCAGAUGGAGGUGACGGCUGUGGCCACGCAGGGACGUUUUGACAGCUGGGACUGGGUCAGCAGUUACCUCCUGCUCUACAGUGACACGGGCCGAGCCUGGAAACAGUACAGGCACGAGGACGGUGUCGGGAGAUUUGUCGGGAAUGUGAAUUCGGAGGCCGUUGUCCAGAACAAGCUGUCCCACCCGGUGAGAACGCGUUUCCUGCGCUUCGUCCCUCUCGACUGGAACCCCAGCGGCUGGAUGGGCCUCAGAGUGGAGGUGUACGGCUGCUCCUACAAAUCGUAUGUCGCAGACUUUGACGGCAGAAGCUCCUUGCUGUAUCGGUUCAACCAGAAGUCCAUGUCGACGGUGAAGGACGUGAUCUCUCUGCGCUUCAAGAGCCAUCAGGCCGAGGGUGUGCUGCUGCACGGAGAGGGGCAGAGAGGAGAUUACAUCACCCUGGAGCUGCACCGCGGAAGAUUGGACCUCUACCUCAACUUAGACGACAGCAGGCUGAGGUUCAGCAGCGGCCGCGUUGCCGUCACCGUGGGUAGCCUGCUGGAUGACCAGCAGUGGCACUCCGUUCACAUAGAGCGCUUCAACAAGCAGGUCAACCUCACAGUUGACUCCCACACGCAGCACUUCCACACCAAAGGGGAGGGACACUCACUGGAGGUGGACUACGAGCUGAGUUUCGGAGGCAUCCCGCUGCCUGGUAAACCGGGCACCUUUCUGAGGAAGAACUUCCACGGCUGCAUGGAAAACCUCUACUACAACGGGAUCAACGUCAUCGACCUGGCGAAGAGACGCAAGCCACAGAUACACAGCGUGGGCAACGUGACCUUCUCGUGCUCGCCGCCCCAGCUGGUGGCCUGCACCUUCCUGAGCUCCAGCAGCAGCUUCCUGUCACUUCCGUCGGCGGCGUCUGCCACGGGGGGCUUCUCCGUCCGCUUACAGUUCAGGACGUGGAACCCGGACGGGCUGCUGCUCUCCGUGCAGCUGAACCCGGAGCCCCACAGGCUGGAGCUGCAGAUCAACAGCAGCCGGCUGCAGCUGACCCUCCGCGGCUCGGGACGGGCCAAAUCAGAAGUCUCUGCCGGUCACCGAGUCAACGACGGUCUGUGGCACUCUGUGAGUCUCAACGCGAGCAAUCAACAGAUCACGUUGACCGUGGACAGUGAGCCGUCCUCCACCAUCGAACUGUGGGAGCAACUGGAAUCCAGAGGCAACUUCAACUUUGGAGGAUGUCCCACAGCGGACUGUCAGAACCUGACUCCGGACUUCCAGGGAUGUGUGCGGCUCAUGUUCAUCAACGGCCAGCCGAUGGAUCUCAAUCGUGUUCAGCAAGGAUUGCUGGGAAAAUACAACGAGCUUCAGUUCGACACGUGCAACAUCAGAGACAGAUGCCUUCCUAACCUGUGUGAACACGGCGCCCGCUGCUCUCAGACGUGGAGCUCCUUCUCCUGCGACUGUUCAGGAACAGGAUAUUCCGGAGCUACCUGUCACAACUCCAUCUACGAGUCGUCUUGCGAGGCCUACAAGCUGAUUGGCAGCUCCUCUGGCUUCUACUCCAUUGAUCCAGAUGGGAGUGGUCCCCUGGGGCCCACGCAGGUAUACUGCAACAUGACAGAGGAGAAAGUGUGGACGGUGUUGGAGCACAACAGCACGGCUCCGGUCACGGUGCAGGGCUCCUCUCUUCACAAACCCCACAUCAUGAGGUUCAACUACGGCGCCGCGGCUGAGCAGCUCCGCGCCGUCGUGACGGGGUCGGAGCAGUGCCAGCAGGAAGUGGUUUACAACUGCAAGAAGUCCCGUCUCUUUAAUACUAAAGACGGCAGUCCGCUAACCUGGUGGCUGGACCGGGAGGGAGAGAAGCGGAGCUACUGGGGAGGCUUCCUGCCCGGAGUUCAGCAGUGCUCCUGCAGCCUGGAGGAGAACUGCGUGGACAUGAACUACUUCUGCAACUGUGAUGCUGACACUGACGCAUGGGCUAAUGACACGGGAAUCCUCUCCUAUAAAGACCACCUGCCAGUGAGCCAGAUAGUGAUCGGAGACACCAACAGGACGGGCUCUCAGGCCGUCUACCACGUCGGCCCUCUGCGGUGUUAUGGAGACAAGUCUCUAUGGAACGCCGCGUCUUUUUACCAGGAGUCCUCCUACCUCUACUUCCCCACCCUGCAGGCCGAGCUCGCUUCUGAUAUCUCCUUCUACUUCAAGACGAGCGCUCCUUCAGGAGUGUUUCUGGAGAACCAGGGCCUCAAGGACUUCAUCCGAGUGGAGCUCAGCUCUCCCUCGGUGGUGACCUUCUCCUUUGAUGUGGGAAACGGUCCAGCGGUCCUGACCGUGAAGUCCCACCUCCCUCUGAAUGACAGGCAGUGGCACUACGUGAGGGCAGAGCGCAACGUGAAGGAGGCCUCCUUGCAGGUCGACCAGCUCCCCCUCCGCUUCCUGGAGGCUCCGGCUGACGGACACCUCCGCUUACGGCUCAGCAGCCAGCUGUUUGUGGGAGGAACGGCAUCCCAGCAGAGGGGCUUCCUGGGCUGCAUCAGGACUCUGACCGUCAACGGCGUGAGCUUUGAUCUGGAGGAGAGGGCCAAGAUGACGCCGGGCGUGACCUCCGGAUGUCCCGGCUACUGCAGCGGCUCCACCAGCCUCUGCCACAACAGAGGGAGGUGCAUCGAGAAGAGCAACGGCUACGUGUGCGACUGCUCCCAGUCGGCCUACGGAGGGACCACCUGUAACCAAGAGGUGUCGGUGUCCUUCGACACGGAGUCCUCGGUGACCUACACCUUCCAGGAGCCCUUCUCAGUGAUGCAGAACAGACGCUCGCAGGCCUCCAGUGUUUCCACAGAGAGCAGCAGCAGGGCCAGAGAGGACAUGGCCUUCAGUUUCGUCACCUCCCAGAGACCGGCCAUGCUGCUCACUGUCAGCACCUUCAGCCAGCAAUACAUCGCUGUCAUCCUGGCCAAGAACGGGAGUCUGCAGAUCUGGUAUCACCUUCAGACCGACAGGAGUCCAGAUGUGUUCAGCCCCGUCCUCACCAACCUGGCAGACGGACGACUCCAUCGGAUCAGAAUCCACCGAGUGGGAAAAAACCUCUAUGUACAGAUCGACCAGGACAUCCACAGAAAGUACACACUGUCAUCUGAUGCAGAGCUGAUCUUAAUCAGGUCCCUGACAUUGGGCAAAGUCACCAGGAGGGAGAACCUCGACGAGGAAGUGACGCAAGCGGCUUCCAAAGGUUUCAUCGGCUGCCUCUCCUCGGUCCAGUUCAAUCACGUCGCACCGCUGAAGGCGGCGCUGACGAACCGCGGGAGCUCGCUUGUGACCAUCCGUGGUCCGCUGGUGCAAUCGAACUGUGGAGCGCUGGCGGAGUCCACCUCGCACACGCUGCAAGAUCAAACUGUAACAGCAAACAAAGACAAGGAGCAGCACGGCAGCAGCACCCAGAAGGAUUUGGCUGUGAUAGCAGGUGUGGUCACAGCGGUGGUCUUCAUCGCCGUGUGCGCUCUGGCUGUGGUAAGCCGCCUCCUCUAUCAGCAGCGGCGGGCCCAGAGGAGCGGCAGCAUCAAAGAGGAGAACAGACCCAGCAUGUACACGGACUACAGGACAGAGCUGCACCUCCACAACUCAGUCAGGGAGAACGUGAAGGAGUACUACAUCUGACUGCGUCCUGCACUCUGUGGACCGAACAGCCACGAACUUACCUCUCUCGUAUAAAGGACUAACAGGUGGACGCGCUGCUGCAGGAAUUUUUUUUUUUUUUAUUAUUAUUUUUUUUUACGAGAAAACAUCCACGUGACCUGGAAAUGUCUCCCAGGAACACUGCAAAAAAAAAAAAAAAAGCCUGCAGCCUGUAGUCCACUCUCGUAACGCUCCGGUUCAAGCGAGUGGCUGAGUCUUUACAGCUGUUAGUGUAUUUGAUGUUGGUGAAACUGUCAGAAUCAAGCUGCUGUGUCGUCGCAAAAAUGUGUAAAGCAAAAGGUGAAUGUCCUGGAGAGGGGGUGGACGAAGAGGGGUCACCGCGAGGUGCAGUGAGCGAAAGCUGCUGUCCAUCCUGAAUGCGCACAACUUAAAAUAUUUAGUUUGAAACCCCUCAACUGCGGGAUACGUCCGCAUCGCAGCGGGACUCACUAAACUGUACCUUGCGAGUCAGGAGAUGUAGGCCAGGCCUGUAAGAUAUGCGUGCACUCGCUGCUGUCUUUGUUUUUUUCCAGUGGUGGUGAAUGUUCUAGAAGAAGAAAAGGGGGACAACACUGCCUAUACUGUAUGAGUGCCUAAUUUGCAUACAAGUUUUUAUUUGAACAUUUUAGAAGUUAUUCAUGUGAUUUGCACAAAAGCAAUCGCAUUUACAUAGAGAGGAGCUUAUUGUCAUUCAGUUCUGCAAAAACCCCAUUCUGCAUAGAAUAAAAAAGGAGAUUUGAGUUCCCCUCUCAUGCACAACGUCGGCCAGCUGACCAUCAGUGAUGUUCCUUUCACCGCCUGUUUGAAGUAGCAGAGAAAUUGACAAACCGAAAUCCUCUAAUCGUCUGUCAACUGGAUGCGAACCAGAUCCGUAACUCAACACUUUCAAGUGUUUCAGGUUUUCAAGUCUUGUCCCAAAAGUAAGCACUGCACACCACUCAGACCGCGUGCAUUUUGUCGGGAUUUCUAGCGGAAAACUUUUGAAUUUUAUUUAAUUGUGCAAAUUCUUAAAUUAUUAUCUUAAAGGUGCAAUGUGUGAGAUCCGGCCACCUGCUCCAAUAAAAUAGAGGGAAGCAUUUCACCUUCACUGCUGGGUUCAUACAAUCUAAAUGUGCAGUCAUCAUAUAUUAAAAUAAAGCCAACUUCUGACAAACAGCACGGCAAAAGUACCUGCAUCUUAAAGUAACACUGCUAUCUUAUAAUCUUCACUGUGCGGCCCGUGUACACUUUGAUGCUUUGUGUAUUAAAAUGAAAAACGAAUGAGAAAACAAGCGGUUAGCUGUAGCAACUAGCAUUUAGCCGCCACAAAACCCCAGUACGGGGAGUCACAUCAGGCUGGCUCGGGGUCUAAUCUGUGUAACACGUCAACAGAAAGGCCCCUGAUCAGGGGGAGAGUUGGGGCAGAUCCCUGGGAUCAGUGCACUGCUGCUACAUUUAAGCUAACUGCUAUCUGGAGGUCGCUAACUGGGGGACGAGGGACGAGGCAAGGAUGCAAGUCAAAGCUAAAUUUUGGCCAGAUCUUACACGUUGCACCUUUUAAAGUAUGUACGAUUUCAAAGGCAAUUAUGUACAUUGAAUCACGAAGGUAGCAGAAAUGGGAUAACUAAUGGAGAGGAUGAUCACAUUUACAUAUAUACAAAGCAGUCACAUAAGCAGUAAGGGUUGUAAACAUCGACCGAACAGUCAGGAAUCUCGCCAAACUUUGCAGGCAGCCAGUAAUAACAUCUACAGGAACAAAACCUGCAUCUACUGGUACUGGUAUUAAAUCUGGCAAAGCGUGAAGCUCUCAAGCGGUAUCUUUGGUGUUCUUUGACAAACGGGCAGCAGUGUGGUACGUACAGGAAGCGUUGACCUCGGCAAGUACUUAUGGGAGACUGGUUAAACCAGCCGUGCGAGUCAAGUUUGCAGUAGUAUGAAAACAGCUCGCACAGCUACACUUAUCUCCAGGGUUGCGACCUGCUCUACGACACUUUGUCACAGUACUUGAGUGAGUUUGUACCGCUGUUUGAAGUUGCAAUGCUUGUAUCUCAGCCCCCAGCUCGGCGAUAUGACGGGCCAAACUGAAACUGUACGCCAAACUGAUGCAAAAGUUUAGUGUGUCUGUUAUUUUGCAGCGCUGGCCAGCAGUGCUUAGAGCUUUUUGCAACCAAGAAAAAAAGGCCACAUAAUAUGUUUCUUUAUUAUCUGGAUUACAGGGAUAAGUGAUGUUUUCUAUAUACUUCUAGCUGACUACUUUUUAUAUACAUCUUACACUGGUUGAUCCUGAGAAAGAAAAAAAAAGAAAUCCAUAAACACACAAACGAGGCAAAACGUCUAGAGCCUUCCUAGUGGUCCUGUAAUGCACAUUAAACAUCAGAGAACAAAAAGCAUGGAUGAAGAGUGGAGACGUUCCUUUUUGUUUCUUUUUUAGAUCUUUACCACUUGUGAGGCUAGAAACACUAAGUUUGACCUGCAGGUGGUGCGAGAGGGAAAGCGAUGUUACCUAGAUUUGUAAAUCAGCUUGUUGGGCUCAGCUCAACAGAUUUAGCUCAUUGUCCACUGGCUUCAGCUGCUCCAACGCAGGUUAGCUGUCCUUGUCGGUGUCAGUAGUAGUUUGAGCUGAACAUGCUAAAAAUAAGGGUUAAGCCCAAAGAACAGCUGAAUCUGAGGCUGACGGGAAUUGUAUUUUUUCGUUGGGUAUCCUGUCAUGAAUGAAUGAAGUCAUUACAAUUCAACCACUUGGGAUCAUAUAUAUCUGUACAAAAAUUGAAGGCAAGCGAUCCAACAAUUGUGAAGAUAUUUCAGUCUGGUUUUCCGAUUUUUGGACCAAUGCAACGAUGGACUGACGGAUGAACAUUAUCGUCCUCUCUGAAGCUCCGCCUCUGUCUGGCUAAAGCUCACGUCACUGAAAGUGACGCGAGGUAGUGGCAUGGUCAAAGGAUCAUCUGGGCCCCAUCUGUGCAUGUCCUUGUUAUUCAAGUAUGUCUCAACAUGUGAUCUCCAGUUAUCAGUGAAUGAAUACAUACCUCUCAGAGUGUCUUGGUUAUAUUGCAAUGGGUUAUAUCACGUGGUUACUUCUUAAUGAUUUGUAUAGCUGCAGUUUUAUUAAGGAUCUAUUGUAUAGAUGUAUAAUUUAAUAAUAAAAGUGAAUAUAUUGA